GUGCUCAGUAGCGGUUCGUACGUCGACGGUGACGGUCACUCGGUGUGAAGGUGGUCAGCUGGACCUUAGAGACCCCCCUCCUCCUCCUCCUCGCCUCUUCUGGCACGUGUGUGUGUUCCGGUAGUGCAGUUCCGAAGAACCGCCGCGGUGUCGAUCAGUGAGUUCUUGACGGUCGAAGCGUUGACAUCGGGCUCCUCGCGCUCUGUCUGUGGUGAUCGAGAAUUUCGCGAAACUUGCACCGGCAAGCAGAUCUGAACAACACGGACUGCUCCUGUCAACGGGGGCCUCUAGGGUUUCAUUCAUUGAAUUUGCGCGCGCCCGAUUCAUUCACAGGCCACAGGUUGUGUUCUGGAAUGGGCCGGUAUUGCUGCGCUUUGCACAGGUUUUCGAUUACCGGUGAAGGAAUUCGUCCGCGGACAAGUCCGGGCAAGUCUUCAAGCUGCAUCGCGCGCUUGGGAACGAAGAUCUAAGCUCGGAGAACCAGGUGCCAUAUGUGUGUUGCCCGGUCGGGUUUGUGGUGGUAUGAUCGAAACCCCCGUGAUGAAUAUUCAUGGAAAUUGAUUUUCGACUUUCGGCCAACCUGUUUCACUGGGCCUCUCCGUUUGCAGUAGAGUGUACGGUGUAGACCGGUGCGACGAUCGCGCGCUACGUUCUUGAAUUUCGGCGAAGAAACAGCUCUUCAUUAGCACUCGACGAUUAAUUUCACAAAAAAAAAAAAAGAAAAACGAGAGUACGCAUCAACACCUCGACGCGAACGCACGCGCUAACGAAACACGCGUUUUCAAAUUGUUUAUCAAAAAAGGAUAACACUUGACAUUUAAACGAGAUUGUGGUUAGAUCAAAACGAAGCGACUUUUUUUGUGUUAAUGUUUGUGUAAGUGUGUGUUUAUUUGUUUGUGGCGGCGGCGACACUGGUAGAAUAAGUUAAGCAGCAGAAGAAGAAAUCAAAAGUGCCUUCGUGCGUUUUUCGCGUGUUGUUUCAAUUCAAGAAUCGGUGAACAACUGAAUCAAAGUGUGACAAAAAAAAGAAGAAGAAAAAGCAAAUAAAACCAUUUCAAUCGGAAGAACCAGGUCAUUUACUGUGGUGCAUUUUGUGGCAGUGCGUGAAAAUUGUGCAGCGAAAAUUUAAGUUUGAGAAAAAAACGUACACAAGAAGAGUUUUAAAGCAAAUAUUUGCCAAGUGGUCAAGUUUUUUUUUGUUUUCGGGUGGUACGUAACCUUGCGCGUAGAGAAGUAAGUUUUGGCGCGCGAGCAGAGUAAUUCCAAGCAAAGAAGAGGGAGCAAAAAAAAAUAAGAGUUUGUUGCGAUUUUAUUGUUGACGGAAGUGGACGAGCGCGGUGAGCAGUUUCCGGUUUUUUGUUCUGAGAGACUCUGCAGCACAUCACGCGAGAGAUUUUCCCGGCAGUUCAGUUUGCUCCAGCCGCUUGAUGCAUUGACACGUGGUGCGUGAGUCCGCGUGGUCGUUCCACUCGCUCCCCCUUCAUCCCACAAGGGUCACCCACGUGCCACAGGUGGAAUCUCUGCCGCGGGUGCGCGGGCCCGCAUCAUCCCUCGUACGAGCUUCGACUUUGAGGACCCUGGCGGUGGUGACCUCCGUGGAGGUGGUGGCCAGGGUGGUGGUGGUGUAUCGGCAGAAGCAUCAGGUCGAACCGCAGCGGAAUCCACGUGGUGGUGGCCGGCCCGAAUCAUGACGACCCGGUGGUCCUCGCCCAAGUGUAGGAUCUACAGUGGGAUCGUGGUCGCGGUGCUGAUCAUCCUGACGCUGAUCGUAACGCUGAUGCACCAGAGCAGCGUGAACCGGCAGCCACAGCCGCACCUGGGGACGCUGGUCGGGGUGGUGCACGGUGGGGAUCAGGAUAGUGAGCGGGAUGCGGGUGGUGCAGUGACGGGAAGUGACAGUGACGGGGGAAGGACAAGUGGGACAAGUACGCUGGGGAAGGGUGGCGGCGGAGAAGGUUCGAUCGUGGACGGAGAAGGAGUGGAUAGCAACCGGAUAUCAGAUGAUUCCAACAACAUAGGCCGGCCGCUGGACGGCGAUGGUCCGGCAUCGGACAACGGGACGCAGCCGCGGGCCGGCUUUCCCGUGGACGACGAGAUCCCGCGGUUGCACGACCCGGACAAGGCCGAGAUCGCGUUCAUCAAGCCGAAGAAGAUCCUCGGCAAGCCGCUGCACGCCACGGACGUCCUGUAUGAGGGCAAGAUCAUCGACACUGAUGGCACCGGCGGCCAGCACGCGCCCAAGUCCCACUGGACGGGCCUGUUCCGCAAUCGGUCCUCGCGCAUCUGGGACCCCAACCCGGAGUACGACAUCGACGCGUUUGGCCUCAGCAUGCGCAUCAAUUUGUUCCACGAUCGGGGCGUAAUGGCGGACGGUUUAAAGGAAACACACGUGUGGCCGAACAAAACCCUCCGGAAGCAGGACGACUCGGAGGAUGCCGGAGGCCAAGGCUGCUACUACAAGGGACACGUCGAGAACGACGAAAAGUCCCUGGUCGUGGUGUCGCUCUGCGACGGAAUUGUAAGUACAGAUUUCUUAUCAGAACAACACGCAGAAAAAUGUUUUAACGUGCUCAAGUACCACUUCCUAGACCUAAGUCGUGCCAAAAACAUUGGCAAUAAAUCCAAAAUUAGCGCCCAGAUCGCACUCUCAGAGUUCUACCCGCCCAAAACCACUACAAAAUUGACUGGGAGUAUUCGCUCAAAUUUUAGCACGUCUUCUGCCGGCGGUUCGUGCGGCGGCGAGAGUUGA